AUUCACCAUUUCCCGCUCCUAUCGCUUCGCUUCACUUCACUCUCUUCCCAUUCUCUCUAGCCCUAAUCUCAUUCUCUUUUUUCUUCAUCUUUUUCCAGAUCUGAGGUUUAGAUAUGAGAUAUGAGAUUUGGGGACUUCGGUAUGUUGUGUGAUUGAUCUUAUUCUUCACAACUAAUGGCUGAUUAUUUUCGUUUUGAUCCGAGUGAGUAUAGUCUUCAUACUACUGUUGAGCUGCAGAAAGCUUGGUAUUUGUUCACGAUAUUGUUGGAUAUUGGUCGUCCUGCUUCUCUGGAAGAACUUGCUGCGAGAUGCGAAUUGUUCAGUGCUACGGCUUGUAUGGUUCGGUAUCUGUGUGAAAUUCCUGAUUCUCCUAUCUGUUUGGGGGAUGAUGCUCUUGUUUACAUUUCUAUUGUUGCGAUCUCUGCUAUGGGGCGGUAUUUUUCGAAGGCUAGUAGUGGAUGGGAUUUUUCUAGACGGGGUUUUGGAGUUAUAGACUCGAAUAGGUUCUGCGGUAGGGAUGUUAAAACGUACUCGCGGAAACGAAGAAGAUCAGUAUUGGAUUCUGAAGGACCUUUUUAUGGGAAAAAGAUUUUAACUUCGACUUCUGGAAUUGCUGUUGUAGGGAAUGAAAGUUGUAUUCCAAUAACUAGGAGGGUUUCUCAUAAUUUUGCUAAGGUACCUGCUGACUAUGUGACUCUCACCAGUUUAAAUUCGCUGACAGUUGAUUUGCCUUUUGAAAAACUUGAAAUGGGACAUUUGGAUGUAAAAGUUGAUGAAGUGCCCGACUCUCUUAGUUAUGCUGAUUCUCCAAAAUUUUUGAUGUGUCAUGCUCGAGAAAUGAGAGCUGGUAUUGCUGCUCAAGCAAGUAAAACUAUCGUUAAAGAUAAUGUUGGCCCUUUAAGUGAGAAUGCCUAUGAUCAUCACAUGCACGAAGUCCAAAAACGCUCAAGUAUGCCUAAUUUAAUGCACACAGACAGAGGAAUGUCAUAUAACUUUGAUCUUUCUUUGGGUGCAUCGUGUAGCUCCACAAACGCCCUUUUUUAUGACAAAAACUACAAUAUACAACCUUAUGUUCAACCGCUCGAGGUCAACAAAGGGAUUUGCACUAGGUAUCUUUCUAAUAUUUUGGAAUGGAAGGUAGAAGAUGAGAAAAAUAAGAUCUGUGAAAUGCAGAAUUGCUUGGAGUACACUAAAACAACAGAGAACCAUCUUGUUCAUUUGGAAGGGCACACAGUCAUUGGUGAAGCAGAAAGAAACUUCCUAGACUUGAAAAAGGAAGUAAGUAUAUCAAGCAUGGUUGGAGAUGAUAUAUUCAGGAAGGAAGAAACUCAUAUUCCCUGUUCCAUAGCUGAACAACUAUGUAAUGAGGAGCCACAUGUCAAGACCUUGGGGGAAGUAGAUGGAUCACAAAUAUGUACUCUAUCUCCUGAGGAAAUUCUCAUGGAGUCUGCAGUCAAUAAGAAGGUUUCCCAAUCUGUCAAGCAGCAAAACCGAAAUAUCAAUUUUCAUAAACUGAUGUCUAAGGUGCAGAAGUUCAAGAAGAAUUCAAAUGGUAGUGUGCACAUUAAGGAAAAUCCUUUGGACCCUACCAGUUCUUCUAUGAAGUUGGAGAAAACAUCAUUUCCUCAGUUUGAGUCUUUCAUUGUUGAGGAAGAAGAAGGUUCUGGUGGCUAUGGAACUGUUUACAGGGCUCGGAGAAAAAAAGAUGGCAAACGGAUAGCUAUCAAAUGUCCCCAUGUCAAUGCUCACAGACACAAUGUAAACAAUGAGCUAAAAAUGCUCGAGCGGUUUGGGGGAAGGAACUUCAUAAUCAAGUAUGAAGGGUCUAUUAGUAGUGGCAACAGCGAGUGCUUAAUUCUGGAACAUGUCGAACAUGACAGACCUGAGGUUCUGAAGAAAGAAAUUGAUAUAGUUCGGCUACAGUGGUAUGGUUUCUGCUUGUUUAGGGCUUUGGCAUAUCUGCAUAAGCAGGGGGUUAUGCACAGAGACGUAAAGCCUGGUAACUUCCUAUUCUCUAGAAAACAGAACAAAGGUUACCUCAUUGAUUUUAACCUUGCCAUGGAUUUACAGCAGAAGUACUCUGUAGCAAGUAAGCUUCAUUGUGACACUCCAGCAGUUAAAGAAAAGAAGGAUGUCAGAGGUUCUGUAUCUCUCACCGGGGGAGAAACAGGAAAAUCUAAGCAACCUGGCGAACACGAAAAGAACUUGAAAAGGAGAGUUUAUGUACCCUUGAAACAAUAUCCAAAUAUGCGUGGUGGGAGUGCAGUUCGAAGCCAGGGUGCAGAUGGAUCAGGUGUAACCUCUGCAAAGGAUGUAACAAGUGCUAGGACGUUUUCCACAGAAAAGAUGAGGGAGCCUCUUCCAUCUCAAGGAAGAAAGGAACUGCUAAGUUUGGUACAAAAUGCAUUACGAAAUGCAGACCUUGCUACCCAAAAUAGCUCUGAUCUACGAAGAAAAAGAAUAGCUGCUCCUCAAGCCAAGGAAGACAAUAGCAUUAUACAUCCAAGUCCAAUGCUGGUCCACUGCACUGGCAUUUCUGUACCUGCUCCCAGGUUACUAAGAACUAAAGGAGAUGCAAAACGUAAAAGAGAGGGUUCUUGUGCUGGGACUAAGGGGUUUCGAGCUCCAGAGGUCCUAUUCAGAUCCCUACAUCAAGGUCCUCAGGUCGAUGUCUGGUCUGCUGGCGUUACUCUUCUCUAUCUAAUGGUUGGAAGAAGUCCUUUUACUGGAGACCCUGAACAGAACAUAAAAGACAUUGCUAAACUGAGGGGCAGUGAAGAUUUAUGGGAGGUGGCCAAAUUACAUGAUCGUGAAUCUUCUUUUCCAGGGGAAUUGUUUAACAUAAAAUCUUUCCCACCUAUGGAUUUGCAAAGUUGGGUUAAGGCUCACACAAAGCGACCGGAUUUUGUCAAGCUCAUCCCGAGAUCACUAUUCGAUCUGGUAGAUAAGUGCCUCACAGUUAAUCCAAGGCAAAGGAUUACUGCAGAUGAAGCUCUAAAGCAUGAAUUCUUCAUCCCAUGCUACGAGAGGCUUCGGAAGCAGAAAAUGCUUCGACGAGGUUCUAGCUCCACCUCUGCCAAUGUCUUGGGAGAACGCGAAAAGGUUCUUGGACAGCCAUUUGAGGUCUCAAGAUGAAUACAAAAUUUUCAAGGUUUUGAUAUUCAAUUCCCCUCUGAAACUGUAUAUGUCUUUAGAUGAUAUUGAUAUCGAAUGUAUGUUCAUGCCAUUUUGUUAACUUUGUAACAAAAGAUAUAUAAUUAGCAGAAAGCAAUGUGUAUACAUAUACUUUUGAAUUAGUUAAAGAAAUAGCAAAGCUCCUUGACUACAUUCUUUC